GUAUUACAACCCGCCACCAGGUUUCCGGUGUUAUGGCGACCACCGGCAACAUCCUCGCUUCAGUCUGGAGAAUUGCAGGCGAUGAGUUCAGAGUGCUGUGAAGAGAGGCAGCUAUUUCCCAUGUUUGUGUCAUUCUGACUAUGCUGCUCUUGGUAGCGCUGGGCAUCAUUUCUUCUUUCACUGUGGUCGCCACCGAGAAGGCUGAGAACCUCCACCGCAAACCGCCAGCGCCGCUGCUCAACCACAGCGGGAUCUCUCUGCCGCCAGAGCACGUACCCUACUUCCUCUACAACAACAAGAGGCUCGCCAAGCAAUGCCGCCUGGACCCACUCUGCCCUUUUAAAGAUGCACUGCAGGAUCUGCCUGCCUGUUGGGGCUACGAGAAGGACUGUGAUCCAGGGAAGCGCUUUAGCUAUCCAGUCUGUACUAAAGCUGACUCUGGAUGGGCCCGUUCUCUGGAGGCGGCCCAGGAGCUUUUCUGGAAGCAGGCAGACUUUGGCUACGUCAAGGAGCGCCUCUCUGAGCUCAAAACACUCUGCACGGCCAGCAAGCCAGGGGACUCAUCAUUAAGAUGUAGUAGCCACACUCGCUUCUGUAAGGCAACUAACCUUUACCUGGACCUCCGAAAGCCGCGCAGAGGUCAUGAGAGAUACAAAGAGGACUUCAUUCAGACCGGUGAGAUUGGUGGUUGCUGCAGACUGAACAAGCGAUCACUUGCUGCCGAGGGAGAGCACAAGAGCCCCUUGCAAUCUUGGUAUGCUGAGCUGCAGACAUACACAGAGCUGGACUUUCAUCCCAUACAGGAUGGACACUGUGAUGUUGUCAUUGAAAAGCCCUCUGUUUUCAUGAAACUGGAUGCUGGGGUGAACAUGUACCACCAUUUCUGUGACUUUGUCAACCUCUACAUUUCCCAGCACAUAAACAACUCCUUCAGCUCAGAUAUCAACAUCAUCAUGUGGGACACGAGUUUUUACGGUUAUGGUGAUCUGUUCGGUGAAACAUGGAGGGCCUUCUCCGAAGAUGACAUCAUCCACUUAAAGACCUACGACUCGAAAAGAGUGUGUUUUAAAGAUGCCUUCUUCUCCCUCCUCCCGAGAAUGAGAUAUGGCCUCUUUUACAACACGCCUCUUAUCUCGCACUGCUACAGUGAAGGGAUGUUCCGGGCGUUCUCCCAGCAUGUCCUUCAUCGACUGAACAUCCCGCGAGAUGAGCCAAAGGAGGGGCGUGUUCGUGUCACCCUGCUGGCACGCAGCACAGAAUACAGACGGAUAUUAAACCAAGUGGAGCUGGUAAAUGCCCUCAAGACUGUGCCUCUACUGGAGGUCAACGUGGUGGACUACAAAUACAAGGAUGUCCCCUUCCUGGUGCAGUUGAGGAUCACCAGCAACUCUGACAUCUUCAUCGGGAUGCACGGGGCGGGUCUCACACACCUCCUCUUCCUCCCGGACUGGGCUGUAAUCUUUGAGCUAUAUAAUUGUCAGGAUGAGAGCUGCUAUCGAGACUUGGCUCGGCUACGGGGCAUUCGAUACUUGACUUGGAAGAAAAUGGACAAAGUGCACCCACAGGACAAGGGUCACCAUCCAACCCUCGGGGACCAUCCCAAGUUUACCAACUACUCAUUUGAUGUGGGGGAGUUCAUGCGCCUUGUGCUGGAGGCAGCUGAUUACGUCACGCGCCAUCCCAAAUGGCAGCGUCGAACCCUUCACGAUGAACUCUAGAGUCUCUGUGUGUGGGACACAAGACAUCCGGACGCUGAAGAAAUUUGAACACAAACCUGCCGUUUGGCAGAAUCAUUUAUUUUUUUUUAAGUUGGGAGAGUAUUUGUCACUUCCCUGCUUUCAUAGGUCUGGAUGAGUAAAAGUAAUACGGCGGACGGCUCGGGUUUGAAUAGCUUCCACCAGCUCUUAUUAGUGUCAAAUCAGUUAAAAGACGAGGCGUGUGCAGUCGCGGCAUCUGGAGAGCGAUAAGAUGUGUCCUAUGUUUCUUCAUUACCGCUGCUGUGUCUACUUCAUUCCACGCCGACAAAGUUAGCUAAUGAGCAGCUGUUACGGCGUCCCUUCACACGCGACAUCUUGUCACAUUUCAUCAGCGUCACCUUGAUGCCAGCCUCCUCAGAGCUGUUGACAAUCCCACCAGAGUUUCUGCGCACAUCCAGCAUCUUAUAUUGUGUGCAGUAUUCACGCGCUGGAUUACCGCAUAUAGUUUUUUACAUUUAGUUUGACAUAUACAUUUAAGUUUUGCUCAACAAAAUAUCUCUAAAAAGGGAUAGACAGCCGGUAACUGAGACACUCCUACUGCCAAGAGUGAUUUAUUGUACAUCAGUAUUAGUGUUUGUACAACACAAUGAUUGUAAGCACUGUGAAAAGAAACAUCCAAGUAUUUGUCACUAACAUUAUGAAAAAUCAUCAUGUUGCUUUUGUCACAGAAAUAUCUAGGAGACUUUUUAAAUCUAUCUUUUUAUUCUUGUGUCUUUCUUAACAGUUGACAGUUGUCUUCUUUUACAAUGGUAACAUUCCUUAUUUAAAGUGUGUAUGUUUGUUGGUUUGAUGCAUUGUCAGUAUGGUAAAAUGAUGAGGGUGCUGCUGGUGACCUUUUCUAAACUCUCGAAUGUUGUUUUUUAUUGAAAGGUGGAAAUGGAAUGAGCACAACUUGCAUGCAGUCUGAAGCAAUGCACAUGGAGUAUUUUGAGCGAUCAGAUAAUUUUCGUGUUACCUGGCCUCUCCUUGAGCGCGAUGUUUUAUUUAUCGAUGAAAUCGAGUUGAACUCAGUCAGAACUUUUUGGUCGGGGCUUUGCUUGACUCGUGGGCGAUUUCAUAUUUAAAAGCUGUGUAAUAUUAUGAAAUAAAUGAUUCUUAAAAAUUCUG